UGUGGCGGAAGUGACGUGAGGCGAAGCGUCGGAAAGUUCACGGGUCACCGGUGUACGUCAGAGCAGGAAAGAUGGUGGAGUGCAGGGAGACCCGCGUGGUUCGGUGCGGCGGCAGUAAAAUAAGUUUCAGAGCUCCGGUGAUCACUCGAGACUCCAGGUUCUUGUUGUGUGCUUCUGGAGACUCGGUGAAGGUUUUCAGCACCACUACAGAGGAGUGUGUCCAUGUGCUGGAGGGACACACACACCAGAUCAGUGGUGUCGCCCUGAACCCCAACAACCACCUUCAGGUCUUCUCCUGCUCACUAGAUGGCACUCUGAGACUGUGGGACUUCACUGAUGGGAUCCUCAUUAAGACGUUUACUAUCAGACAGCCGAUCUUCUCCUUGUACGUCUCUGAGAAACACCUCGGGGUCGUCUUUAUUAUUGUUCCUCUGGACACUCAGCAGAAUAGCGAAUGUUUCCAGUUGGUAGCUGUGCAUCUCCCCAAGGUGGUGGAGCAGGAAGUGGAGGUGAAGGAUCUCUCAGCUGUGCUUACUGAUAUUUCUCCGAACCCUGGGGCUACAGCGUUCGGCCGUGAGGGUGAAUAUCUGGCCUCUGUAAAGGGUCUGCAGCUCCACGUGUUUUUCUUCAGGAACCAAAAGUCGUUCAGGUUCAACCUGAAGGCCAACGAUAAGAAAGGAGCCAGAAACGCGUUCACCUGUGUGGCCUGUCACCCGAAAGACGACUGUAUCGCUACGGGACACGAGGACGGCAAAAUACGUUUCUGGAGAAACUUCAAUCAGAAGAAAGAGUACACGUAUUCCACUGUGCACUGGCACCAUGACGCUGUGAACACUCUGUGUUUCACUCCAGAGGGUACACACCUGCUGAGUGGAGGCGUGGAGUCUGUGCUCGUCCAGUGGCAUUUUGCCGAGGUCAAUAAGAAGGAAUUCCUCCCGCGUCUGGGCGGAGCCAUUUCUCAUAUCUCAGUCUCUGCAGAUGGACAGACGUACAGCACGAGUCACUCAAACAACAAGAUCACCAUCAUCCACUGCAGCUUCAAAGUGUCUGCGGUUAUUCAAGGUCUCAUCCAUGGAGAAACCGUUCGCACGGGUCUGAUGAUUGACCCACGCAGCAGCGCUCUGGUGCUGAGCGGAAAGCCGGGCCAUCUUCAGUUUUACUCUCUACAGCGUGACAAGCAGCUUUACAGCCUUGACAUAGUGCAGCAGGAGUACAUCUAUGAGGCAGGCUUGGACCAGUUUGACGUGGUGAAGGCAGCGUUUGACACCACAGGCUCGUGGUUGGCUACGGUGGAGGAGAGAGGCGCCAGAUGCUCCAGUCUUGAGUUUUCUCUCAAACUUUGGGGAUAUGACGAAAGUGCACAAAGCUUUGAACUCAACACCACAAUAACGACUGCCCACAACGACAGGAUUACAGCCAUGUGCUUUAACCCUGCCUCAGAGACCACCAUGCUGGUGACCACCGCCAAGGACGGCAAGUUCAAAGUCUGGCUGCUCGGCUCAGUCUCGGACACACAGAAGGAGCAGGCCUCCUGGUCAUGUGACUUUGUGGGCAGCUAUCACUGCUUUCACCCGACCAACUGCUGUUUCUCAGCUGACGGCUCCCUGCUGGCUGUGAGCUUCGGGGAGGUGGUGACUGUGUGGAGCGUGGACACCUGGGGGCUUUUGACCACACUGUGCCAACCUCCAGGGUUAAUCAGGGAUCUCUGCUUUGGACGUCUGAGCUGCUCCAAAUACCUGCUCGGCACCACCACGAAAAAUCUGCUGUGCUGUUGGAACCUUCUCACCUGCACAUUGGAAUGGAGCACGUCGAUGGACGUGUGUAUGCUGCGGUCAGAUCCUCUUUCUGAAAACGUGGCUGCUUUUUGCUACCACUCUGAAAACACUGACUUGUUUGUUUUCAAACCCAGUGAGCCGAGGCCCCUGUUUACCCAGAAGGCCGUGUGCUCGGGAAAAGUUCAGCACUCUGUGUUUGCACCGAGAGAUGAGACGCUGGAUAGCUGUGACGAGAGAACGCAGUGGCUCAACAGAUCUCGCCUUUACUUCCUCACGGAGAACAUGGACUUACUGACCUUCAGCACCAGAGCAGAGGAUGAGCGAAUUCUGAACUUGAGGAAACAGCUGCUGGUCGAUGACAGUGUGGCCGUUACGCCGUUUUACCUGCUGCUGGGGAAACACAACCCGGCUCAGGAGAAGGACGAUUCGGCUUCCGGUCAGACUGCUGAUGAUCCGUCUCAGCUUCCUCAAGGAUCCACGACUGUCAACGAGUUGCUCCACACUCCAGCUCACGUGCUUCCUGCAGCCUCGGUCCUGUGCUCGAUGUUCGUCAGAUCUCUCCUCAUCUCCACCGGGAGCAGAAAAGACGAGGAGCCCCUCGAACAGGAAGUAGAGAGCGAGAAGGAGGAAGAUGAUUCGGAGGAAGAAAUGGAAACCAGCGAGCGUCAGCAGGACGUUCGGUCUCUGGGCUCCGUCCUGGAGCCGUCUCUGCAGCUCUCUAAAGAGGAGGAAAGGGAACUGAGGAGAGUGAGAAAGACUGACUUUAGCUGGGUUUCGAGUUGUGUCAAUUGUUAGCAACCGAAACACACACACACACGCACACACACACACACACGGUUCUUAUGGAAAUGAUUGCCAGUGUUACAUGAAACUGUAUUUUGGAUAUAUAAAACGUUUGUGCUUUUGA